UCUCUAUUCUAGGAUAUUGAAGUCUUCAGUAAUUCGCAUGUCAACUAAGCACUCUAAACACUGCUGAUCAUCUCAUUCUAGAAUCAUCAGCUAUACCGUAGCUUGUCUCGUGCCCAGAGCAAAUGCAUGUGAUCACGCUUUGACGAACUGAGAAUCACAUUAGGCGAUAUUCAAUCCCCGAACAAUUAUAUCAGAUGGCUAGAAGUCCGAACGACCCUGAGAGCGAGUCCGAGAGCCGUGAACAAUUCACAGGGAAUUUUGUGGUGUUAUCGAGACUGGGAAGAAAAGCAAGAUAUGACUCUACACGCAUAUGUAAGCCAAGGGGCUAUAUAAACAACAGCUGACGCUCGAUUCCCUUACCCCAAGAUGCUUAUUGCAGUAUUGUUCUUUUUCGCCUAUCCCAGCAGGUGGAGCGGGAUUUCUGUAGCUCUCGCACGGUCGAGUAGUACAGGAACAAGCUCUACGACGGUAGUAUCUACCACCACUGGUACACUGAGUUCCGCAGGUGCCACGACCACAGCUAGCUUUCCUUCGAUCGGAUCAAUUCCUCGCGACUACACGCCGGAAGGGUUGGAACAACUAUGGGACAUCAUCGGACCUGUCGAGCCACCUCCGUUUACCACUACUCGUGUCCCUAGCGCAACGGUUACACUACCACCGUCUCCCCCUCCUUUGUAUCCGUCCUUCUAUGCUCCUACACCAAAAGAUAUAUUGCCAGACUUGAAAUUCACAAAAGGUUUCAAAUACGGAGUCGCCACUGCCGCGUACCAAGUCGAAGGAGCUACAAAGAAUGAGGGCAAGGGUCCGAUUAUGUGGGACUGGGCUUCCAGACAGCCAAAUGGUGUAUUCGAUAAUUCCACUGGUGACAUUGUUGACCUUCACUACUUCCUGUACAAAAAAGACAUCGAACGUGUUGUCGCUCUUGGUGUCACUGCACAUUCUUUCUCCAUCUCAUGGGCGAGGAUUUACCCGUUUGGCGCUGCUGAUUCUCCUGUUAACACGGCUGGGAUUGGUCACUACUCUGAUGUUAUCGAUUACCAUUGGGCUCAAGGCGUGGAGCCUGUUGUAACACUAUUCCAUUGGGAUACACCUCUAGCCCUUCAGGCCUACUACGGAGGUUUCACGUCGCCUAAAAUAGUCGACGACUUUGUAAAACAGGUAUUCAAGGCAUACAACGGUCGUGUUAAAACUUGGUAUACUUUCAAUGAACCGAGGACUUAUUGUGGUCAAGUCGCAUCCUAUCCUUUCAAUUUCACGCUUGCCCCUGGUGUAAAUUCAUCCACUGCUCCUUAUCAAUGCGUAUACAAUCUACUCAAGGCUCAUGCAGGAGCUGUCAAGGCAUUCCGCGAAAUGAACAUAACAGGAGAGAUCGCUUUCAAGAACAACGAUUACAUAGGGACGCCCUGGAGAAGCAAUACCACUGAGGACGCUCUUGCCGUCGAACGCCAUGCAGCAUUCGAAAUAGGUCUUUUCUCAACCCCCGUAUACACAACAGGUGAUUGGCCCGACAUUGUCAAGGACACUCUCCCCGCGGAGUAUCUCCCCCGCUUCACCGAUGAGGAAAAGAGCGAUAUCCUCGGCUCCGCAGAUUUCUUUGCCAUUGACCCUUACUUCUCGCUAUGGAUAAAGGCUCCAGAAGGAGGAAUCGACGCGUGUGUGGCAAACACUUCCCAUCCCUUGUGGCCCGUAUGUAAUGAACCUGCAUACUUUGACUCGGAUUACGGCUGGGCUGCAGGUCCCGUUGCUGACCCAGUGGCCCUUCUCCAAGCAACACCGGUUGCCAUUCGUGCUUUGCUGAAGGAAGUCCACUCUCGAUGGCCGAGUAAUAAAUUGUAUGUCUCCGAGUUCGGCUCCAUAGAACCUUUCGCCUAUGCGAAUGCAGAUAUCUCGCAAAUAAAGGAGGACGUGGGCCGAACGAACUUUCUCCUCACGUACCUCGGUGAAAUGUUGUUAUCCAUACACAAAGACAACGUCCCGAUACAGGGUGCUUUCACUUGGUCAAUGCUUGAUAAUGCAGAAUGGAUGGUUGGAACAUCCAUAAGAUAUGGUAUUCAGCACGUCGAUUACGCGACACUGGAGCGAACCUACAAGCGUUCAGCGCUAUCUUUGGCGGAAUUCUUUGGCUCACAUCUUCAAGACUGA